GCUUACUAUGAAGAUCUUGUGUUCUAUUUUGGUUGCAUUGGCGAUCCUGGCUGUAGCUCAAGGUUACGCUGCCGGACCUCCAGAGGCUGUAUGCGCCUCGAUGGCUCCUGACCCAAGUGCGUAUGGCCACGGGGCUCAAGCACAAACAACGCCUCCUCCCUACGAAGUGACAAUGGACGUGCCCUGCAAUGGUUACGUAUCUAGAAGAAAAUACACAAUGAUUCUGAGAGCUACUAACAGAUCAUACGAAAUUGAAGGCUUUCUAUGCCAAGUGCGCAAUGCUGACGGGGCGGACACAACGGCCAUUGGCACGUUCUCCGAUUUCAACCCAAAACGGAAAGCUAAAGCAUUGGCUUGCAGCUCUUCCAAGGUGUCGAAGUAAAUGCCUCGAUAAGUAAAGAUAUAGGAACCUUUUGCUUCAGGGAGCCGUCACUCAC